AUGAUAAAUCUGAACUGUGUACACAACACGCUCGAACGCCAUCGCUCGCUGCGCUUUCUCAUCAUUAUCUCUACUUCAACGCCUCUUCCAACCACUGGCCGUGCUCACAUUAUCUAUUUCGCCCUGAUUGAGCCAGAUGCCGUUUGCGACGUCUACAUGGCUGGGUCCCACGGAGAGGUCGAGGGUCAGGCCGCGAUCGAGGGAGAAACAGAGGUCGUGACCGAGGCCGCCCAUAUCGGCCCAAUAACCGCAAUUUCGAUCGCCUGGGGCGGUCGCCACCACGCGCGUCCCGCUUUGGCCCUGACUCUUCUAACGGCAUGGGUGAUUUCGCUCCAGAUCGAUCUCCUCCUCGAGGUUCUCCUCCACCUCCCGGUGACUGGAAUGCCCAUACUUCUGGAUCUUUUGACAGAGAAGACCCCGGUCUUCGAAGAGACGAGUCAGCAACCGGACCUCCACAGAAACGGCAAAGGACUCGAAGCCCAUCACCGCGUGGCGGUCGUGGCCCUCUCCCUCCCCCGCGUCCAAAUUACUCCGAUAAUUGGGAUAUCCGGGAUCGAAGCCCCUCAUUCAAGAAACGAGGUGGCCGCAACCAAGGUCGUGGUGCUCCAAGGAGAAGAUCACCACGCCGGGGCCGGGACCGUCGUGGAAAAGACCGUCGUCGUCCAGACAUCCCACGCCCGGGAAGGUCUAGAUCACCGGUUCAUGAACGAGGGUUCCGUCCUUCGCUUGAUCGACGGUCUCGCACCCCUGGUGGUGACAAUCACAGCGACCACGGAUCUCACUAUCGGUCGAACUCACAGCACUCAUCUCGCCAUCGGCCGUCUCGACCACAUCUUGAUAGCCGGCCCUAUGCAGACGCUCAAAACGGAACAACAGGCUCGUACCCCGGUUCGCCUCAACCACCUUCACCUUACUCCUCAGGAAGAGGAGGAUGGUCGGGCCCGCCUCCUCAUGCCUCCCCUUACAGGAACGAUGACUAUUCAUCGCAAAAUGGAAACUAUUAUCACAACCAAGGUCAAUUUAACGGCCCUGGCAAUAAUCGCCCGCAAUCUCCCUAUGGCGGGCCUCCUCACCGAGGUGGCCACUCUGGUGGCGGUCAUCGAGGGAACUUUUCAAACCAAGGUCCCGAUCGGAGAUUUUCUGGCUCUGGCCCUCAUCCAUACCAUAAUGGACCCUCACAACGCGGCGCGAGAAGUCAUUUCAACAACUUGCAAUGGACUGCUUCGGGAUCACGAGGCCGUGGGGGACAACAUAGUCCUCACCCGGCGCACAUGGAUGGGUCACAAACUCCCAGUCGACCGCAGUCCCACAAUGAACCGCAAUCACCCCGAGCCGGCGAAAGUGAACAUCAUCAUUCCCGGCCCCCCACUAGGGAUGAAGAGAUGA